AUGGAGCCUGUGCAGGAGGGCCCCAUUACGCAUCCUGUUCUUCUGUUUAGUUUCAUAGGUAACGCUGACAAGCUUCUGCACAUCCAGAUAGAAGAUUCCGUGGAAGCCAAUCUUACUCCCUUUUUCCGCCAUAUCUGUCACUUCAUGGACAUUCACCUUGAGCUGGGCUCUGUAGUUCUGGUCUUUUCCACUCGGGGCAUCAGUCGAAGCUGUGCAGCUGUCGUGGCCUUCCUCAUGCAUAGGAACGAGGAAACUGCGAAGAAGUCCUGGACCCAUGUCAAAAUGUGCAAAAACGACGUCCGUCCAAAUCGGGGCUUGGUGACCCAGCUGUUGGACUGGGAGAAAAUUGUCCUUGGAGUCAGUGUCUCAAAUGUCUUGGAUCUGCUCUCCUGAUGGGUGCAGCCCAGAGAUGGGUGCCGAAGAGCUCCUGGGGGCUUCUUGGGUGGAGGGCCAGAGUGUAUAUCAGGCUUGGUCUGAAGGAGAAAGCCUCUGCUGCCUGAAGCUCACUGUCAGCCUCCUGCAUUGGUUCUUCCUAGGCCCUCGUCCACCUCACUUACCAGAUGUGCUCUGCUCUGAGCACACUGGACCGCCCCGACUCCUUCUGGAGAGCCUCCGACUGCUGAAGCAGCUACCUAAGUCACACAUUUGUGACUUGGACCCUUUGGAGGAUGCUUGCUUGGGGUGCCCCAGAGGAUGCUCCAGGGGACUUCAAGUGUCCAUCCAAGGGUGAAGACCCCCCCAGCCCUAAAGAUGCCAGGCCCAGCCUUGGCCUAGGUUCUGGAGCUUCUGGAGUUCCCUGGAAUAAGACUACUUGCCUUAGCCCCCAGGUCCAGUGCUCUGGCUGCUGCCUCUUGGUCAGUUGGUACAGAUCUUCCCUGUCCCCGACCCGUGCUGCCUGGCUGUGUUCACCAAGGAGAGGUUCUCACUGCCAGCACCCCCAUGAGGUUUCUAGAAAUUCCUUGGGUCUUAAAGGGAGUUGUCCAAAUGUACUUCCCCAGAGUGGGCAGCACCCACAGAACACCCUGGGGGAUGAGUAGGAGAGUGCACAUCAGUCAGUGAACAUUUCUUUUCAGCACCUGGGUGAGGCUAGGACAGGAGCUGAACUCCAUCUUGCCUUCCAGGAGGAGUGGGAUUUGCCAAGGAAAGGGCCUUCCAGGCCACACUGGCGCUGGUCAGUCUGGGCUGGACAGAGCCUGGGAUGCUGCAGAGAGAAGGCUGUGGCUGGGAGGGGGCUUCCUGCCAGGCUGGACAGUGCCCUUGGGAAGCUUUAAGCAGGGAUGUGGUGGGGAAUUACUAGCCUUGUGUUUUAGGAAGGGCAGUGGAGGUGAGCAUGU